UGUUUAGUUGGUGUAGUAAGAAAGCAUCACAUAGGACAAGCUCUGGGCUUAUCUCUUACUGAACCAUGUAAUGAAUCCCUUGCUGCAACAUCUUGCGCCUCCCCCAAAGCAGCCAGCAUAUAUUUGAGCAGAGUGGCUCUGUUCGAGUUGUAUCUUAUUCUCAUGGAGGAGAUAGCAGAGCUUAAUACUGCAGCAAGUGGAGCUUCUGUGGUGAAUCCAAUGCUGGAUUAAAUUUUAAGGCUAUUAGCAAGGCCCUGACAAAGUGAUGCUAAAUGAGCACUUUCAUUCUUGGAAUUUGGCUAUAAUUUUAUUGAAGCAGUUUUAUGAUGCAGGAAAAAGAAAUAGCAUCUUAAUUCCAAUCAUAGUAUGCCGACUUGAUCUCUGCUGUGGGGGUGGAAACAGCUGAAGAAUGCAACAUUUUAAUACAGUUUUUUUUUUUUUUUUUUUAAAUGAGUGCUUUGGAUCUAGAGUAAAUGUUCAAGACAGUCAGCAAACAACAUUCACCAAGGCAUUUUUCUGGAAUGUCAGUCUUGGAUCGAUUUAAGUGCUCAGGGUCUGAAAAAAUGUCUCCUAGCAUCAAAAACUUGGAUUGCUUUUCUCCGAUGUUAUGCCACUGUAAAGUAGCAUGCACCAACAGCACAAUAUCCUUAAUGUUUGGAUGUAAGAAAUACAGGUAUCAAGAUGAAGAUACACCUCCUCAAGAGCAUAUUUCCCCACAAAUCACGAAUGAAGUGAUAGGUCCAGAAUUGGUUCAUGUCUCAGAGAAGAACUUAUCAGAGAUUGAGAAUGUCCAUGGAUUUGUUUCUCAGUCUCAUAUUUCACCAAUAAAGCCAACAGAAGCUGUUCUUCCCUCUUCUCCCACUGUCCCUGUGAUCCCUGUCCUGCCAGUCCCUGCUGAGAAUACUGUCAUCCUACCCACCAUACCACAGGCAAAUCCUCCUCCAGUACUGGUCAACACAGAUAGCUUGGAAACACCAACUUAUGUUAAUGGCACAGACGCAGAUUACGAAUAUGAAGAAAUCACACUUGAAAGGGGAAAUUCAGGGCUUGGUUUUAGCAUUGCAGGAGGUACGGACAACCCACACAUUGGAGAUGACUCAAGUAUUUUCAUUACCAAAAUUAUCACAGGGGGAGCAGCUGCCCAAGAUGGAAGACUGCGGGUCAAUGACUGUAUAUUACGAGUAAAUGAAGUAGAUGUUCGUGAUGUAACACAUAGCAAAGCUGUUGAAGCCUUGAAAGAAGCGGGGUCUAUCGUACGCUUGUAUGUAAAAAGACGGAAACCAGUAUCAGAAAAAAUAAUGGAAAUAAAGCUCAUUAAAGGUCCUAAAGGUCUUGGGUUCAGCAUUGCUGGAGGUGUUGGAAAUCAGCAUAUUCCUGGGGAUAAUAGCAUCUAUGUAACCAAAAUAAUUGAAGGAGGUGCAGCGCAUAAGGAUGGCAAACUUCAGAUUGGAGAUAAACUUCUAGCAGUAAAUAAUGUAUGUUUAGAAGAAGUUACUCACGAAGAAGCAGUAACUGCCUUAAAGAACACGUCUGAUUUUGUUUAUUUGAAAGUUGCAAAACCCACAAGUAUGUAUAUGAAUGAUGGCUAUGCACCACCUGAUAUCACCAACUCUUCUUCUCAGCCUGUUGAUAACCAUGUUAGCCCAUCUUCCUUCCUGGGCCAGACACCAGCAUCACCAGCCAGAUACUCACCAGUUUCUAAAGCAGUGCUUGGAGAUGAUGAAAUUACAAGGGAACCUAGAAAAGUUGUUCUUCAUCGUGGCUCAACAGGCCUAGGUUUCAACAUUGUAGGAGGAGAAGAUGGAGAAGGAAUAUUUAUUUCCUUUAUCUUAGCUGGAGGACCUGCUGAUCUAAGUGGAGAGCUCAGAAAAGGAGAUCGUAUUAUAUCGGUAAAUAGUGUUGACCUCAGAGCUGCCAGUCAUGAGCAGGCAGCAGCUGCAUUGAAAAAUGCUGGCCAGGCUGUCACAAUUGUUGCACAAUAUCGACCUGAAGAAUACAGUCGUUUUGAAGCUAAAAUACAUGAUUUACGGGAGCAGAUGAUGAAUAGUAGUAUUAGUUCAGGGUCAGGUUCUCUUCGAACUAGCCAGAAGCGAUCCCUCUAUGUCAGAGCCCUUUUUGAUUAUGACAAGACUAAAGACAGUGGCCUUCCCAGUCAGGGAUUGAACUUCAAAUUUGGAGAUAUCCUCCAUGUUAUUAAUGCUUCUGAUGAUGAAUGGUGGCAAGCCAGGCAGGUUACACCAGAUGGUGAGAGUGAUGAAGUUGGAGUGAUUCCCAGUAAACGCAGAGUUGAGAAGAAAGAACGAGCCCGAUUAAAAACAGUGAAAUUCAAUUCUAAAACAAGAGAUAAAGGGCAGUCAUUCAAUGACAAGCGUAAAAAGAACCUCUUUUCCCGAAAAUUCCCCUUCUACAAGAACAAGGACCAGAGUGAGCAGGAAACAAGUGAUGCUGACCAGCAUGUAACUUCUAAUGCCAGCGAUAGUGAAAGUAGUUACCUAAUCUUGAUUACAGAUGAGUACGGCUGCUCAAAAGGUGGUCAAGAAGAGUACGUCUUAUCUUAUGAACCAGUGAAUCAGCAAGAAGUUAAUUAUACUCGACCAGUGAUCAUAUUGGGACCUAUGAAAGACAGGAUAAAUGAUGACUUGAUCUCAGAAUUUCCUGAUAAAUUUGGAUCUUGUGUUCCUCAUACAACUAGACCAAAGCGAGAUUAUGAAGUAGAUGGAAGAGAUUAUCAUUUUGUGACUUCAAGAGAGCAGAUGGAAAAAGAUAUCCAAGAACAUAAAUUCAUUGAAGCUGGUCAGUAUAACAAUCAUCUAUAUGGAACAAGUGUUCAGUCUGUGCGAGAAGUAGCAGAAAAGGGCAAACACUGUAUCCUUGAUGUGUCUGGAAAUGCCAUAAAGAGAUUACAGAUUGCACAACUUUACCCUAUCUCCAUUUUUAUUAAACCUAAAUCCAUGGAAAAUAUCAUGGAAAUGAAUAAGCGGCUAACAGAAGAACAAGCCAGAAAAACGUUUGAGAGAGCCAUGAAACUGGAACAGGAGUUUACUGAACAUUUCACAGCUAUUGUACAGGGAGAUACGCUGGAAGACAUUUACAACCAAGUGAAACAGAUCAUAGAAGAACAGUCUGGUUCUUACAUCUGGGUUCCAGCAAAGGAAAAGUUAUGAAAACUGACGUUUCUCUAUUUCUCUUUUCCACAAUUCCAUUUUCUGUGGCAUCUCUUUGCCCCUUCCUCUGGAGUCGUCUUCAGUACUCACUUCAUGGUGAAUUAUAUCCCACACAUCACGGUCUGCAGUUGCGCUCAUUUUUUACAUGUAGUGUCUCCUUCAAAUUAUAUCAUGUGUAUUAUUUAAUGUCACUAUUGCUUAGUGGCCAUUUUUCAGAACUGAAGAUGGAAUGGCCUGAUCAGCUAUUAAGAAUUUGGGGAGACGCAGAAAUUGUGGUAAAAUUCCUUAAUGUUUAAGGGAAAGUAACUUUAAGAGAUUUUCUGAAAAGCUUUAUAUACAUUCUCUUCAAAUUUCAGUACAAAUGAAAAAGUGGUUUUAAUCAGUGAUUUAGUAGACUUUGAGCAACUAUGCACGCUUAAGUUUUAAUAGCAUGGUUUGGCCAAUGUAAUAUUCUCAAGUCCUUUUCUCAACUUCUGUCAUCAAAGCGAUUGUUUCAUUACAGACAAAUAAGGAAGACAUAUUUUUUAAUUUCAAAAUUAAUGUCUGAGUUAACUUUCAUAAGGGAUUUCAUUUUUCCUAAGAGUUCUUAAAGUCUUUAUUAUUUGAGGGUUCUUUUCUCCCAGUACAUUUGCUGGGAAUAACACCGUUUAAAUGUUUUUCAUCUACUUGAGCAACACUCUCACGUCUUACCGAAGUUGUUCAUACAUAACGAUCAUCACACUUUCUGAAUUGAGGCCAUGUUCAGGUGCUAAGGAAGUUCACCUUUUACACAGAAGGUUGAGAAAAUUUCCUAGAUAUAAAUACAGACAAAACAGACAUUACAGUGGUGAUGUAGUAACCAUAAUGGCAAUGGAAAAGGAGUCCAAUUCAUAGCCUAAAACUUAAAAUGUAUUCUUAGGAGUCAGAUUUUACUGAAUAUUUUACCCACAAUAGCUGCCUAUUUUGUUAUAAUGAAAUAUAUAUAAAUAUAUAUAUAAACCUUUCUUUAAACUCUGUAACUAUGGGAAUUAUUUUCUUUACAUAGUUGCACACACACACACAAACAUAUAUAUAUAUAUAUUUAAAAUAUAUUUUGUUUCUUUUGCCACCUACUCCUAACUUUUUGUUUGGUUUUUAAAUUAAAUAUUAAUUGAAUAGACUUAUCUUCCUUAAUCAUGUGAACUGAAAAUGGGGGCAUGGUGGUCGUGAGGAGAAACAUUUAGGGAAAUUAGAUUAUAAGUAAAAGUAUGGGCAUAUUCUCCUCUUUCCUACAGAAGUUUUCCAAUGGUCCCUGGGGGGUUUUUGUUACUGUUUUUGUUACUGUUAUCCUUGUCAUCAGGUUUGAUUUUGGUCCUUGCCCUUUCCUUCUAGUUCUCCUUUUAUUAAUAGGAAGGCAGGCAGAAGCCCCAUUUAUGUGUGUGUUUUCCCCUCGGACAUCUUUCAUCCACUGCUCUGCAGUAGAAUUGCACAAAUCUUCAUGGUGAGCAAUUUUAGGAAAUCUUAGUGAAAGGUAGAAAUGAUUUCAGAAAUCAAUUUCUCUGGUCCUUUAUAUUAAUAUUUGGCUUCCCCUUGCUCUUUGGAGUUGUUUAUUAAAUAUGUGUUUUGACAACCUCUUCAUUACAGUUUCUUAAAUGAGUACUGGUUUGUAAAGAAUUAUCAACGUUAUCCAUUCCAUUUAUGAAGAAGAGGAGAACAGCUAAUAAACUAUAUUGUAAAACCCA